UGCGCCGUGUCGCCUCUCUCACUUCGCCUCCAGUGCGGCUGCUUCUCCUCUGCGACGGAGAGGAAGAAGACAACAAGAAGAGCAGAUAAGUCUUUGCUGUCGUUGUUCGAGCGUCUCCGCCGCGUUCCCUCCUCUCCUCCAUUCUCGGGAUCGCCUCCUCCCUUGUCGUUUUCCCCUCCCAAACCCUUGUCGUUGUUGCCACAGGUCGAAUUUCGCACCAAUCUCUGAUUUCGUUUCUGAAUGUUCAUCCGUCUGGAUUUGGAGCCUUCCCUUGUAAAGCAAAAAGUGAUCUUUUGUUUGAUACUGCGGCAAAGAAAGGGUUUCGGGGAGGGGGAAGGGGAAAUUGCAGCAGUUCCCUCCUGUUUCCCUUGGAUUUGAUGGCAAUGUAAGUUUUCUGGUGGAAUCAUAUCUGCCUUGAGGGAUCUUGUUAUCGAAUCUAGGGAUUGUGAAAUUUGGGAGUAGAUGAGUUGCUUCCCUUGUUUAUGUCGUCGCAAGAGGGAGUCGAGCAGCUCCAGGAUAGAUAACAGCGACGGCGUCCAAUCCAGCUCGGGACUCCAUGGCGAAUCCUCAGAGAGUAGGAACCGGUUGCAGCCAUCAAUGGGCGAGGAGAAGAGCAACUCUGCUCGGAGCUUCACUUUCCGAGAGCUCGCCGUCGCCACUCAGAAUUUCAAAGAAGCCAAUUUGCUCGGCGAAGGGGGAUUCGGAAAAGUCUACAAGGGGCGGCUCCAUUCCAACCAGGUGGUAGCCAUUAAGCAGCUAAACCGAGAUGGACUUCAGGGGAACAAAGAGUUCCUGGUGGAGGUUCUCAUGCUCAUAGUUCUUCGCCAUCCCAACCUUGUGAGCUUGAUUGGCUACUGCGCCGACGGCGAUGAAAGGCUCUUGAUUUAUGAGUACAUGCCAAAAGGCAGCUUGGAAGAUCAUUUGUUUGAUCCUCCCGGCAAGCCACCUCUCGAUUGGAACACACGGAUAAAGAUUGCUGUAGGAGUUGCCAAAGGAUUGACAUAUUUACAUGAUGUUGUAAAUCCACCUGUCAUUUACCGCGACAUGAAGGCUGCAAAUGUGUUAUUAGACGAUGAAUUUAAUCCGAAACUCUCCGACUUUGGACUUGCAAAACUAGGACCUGUUGGGGACAACACACAUGUUUCCACAAGGGUGAUGGGGACAUACGGCUAUUGUGCUCCUGAUUAUGCGAUGAGCGGUAAAUUAACUCUUAAAUCCGAUGUCUAUAGCUUUGGGGUACUUCUAUUGGAGCUUAUCACCGGACGACAUGUUUAUGAUUCUUCGAAAUCUGCUUUUGAACAAAAACUACUGACGUGGGCAAGACCUUUCCUCAGCGACAGAAGGAAAUUCCACCGGUUGGCUGAUCCCUUGCUCCAAGGCUGCUAUCCGCCGCGAUCCUUCCAUCAAUUGGUGGUGAUCACCACAAUGUGUCUUCAAGAGCAGCCGCACGUUCGACCUAUAAUUGCUGAUGUGGUCGUCGCUCUCAAUCAUGUCGCGUCUCAACCAUACAUAUUCGAGUCUGUGUCCACGAGGACUAGCUCCCCGCCACCACCAUCAUCGCCUUCGCCUUCAGUUACGCCAUCGAGAGAUCGCAAUGGCAGAAGAGGCUUAGGGUUCAGGCAUGUAUAGCAGAGUCAUGAGCUACUGGGCUAUCCACACAACAUUGCGCGAACACCAAAAACAUUUUGUUGGGCAUGGUCCUCACCUCACACAGAAUGAGUGUUCGGUCACUGUUUCACACCGAUAAUAAGAUCAUCGUGUAUCUAGUAGCUAGUCUUUGUAUUGGACAAGUAGUUAAAGCAAGAUGGGCAUUGCUUCGCUACCAUUGCUUCUGUUCGAUUCAGGGUUUUGUAGCAAAUUCUAUCUCAAUAAAUAUAUUCGAGUGGUUUCUUGCUU